AUGUCUCAGAUGGCUUUGCCUGUUAGUUGCCGAUUCCAGCUUUCGGAUUGUUUUCUGUUAGACAAAUCUCUCAAAUCCUCUCACUUUGCUCCCGAGCUUAAUUUGCACCCUCCAACCGACGGGAUGAGUUCAACAUCCCAGGAGGGUGGCUUUCUCGACCCGGGCGCGGGGUCAUCGUCCGACCAGGACCUCCGCAAAUCCUACGAAUCCGCCAACCAACGCUCAAAGAAGAGGGAGCUUCGCAGACAAAACUGGGAGCAACAUCGGUCCACCAUCAAACGCCUGUAUAUUGACGAGGGCAGAAAACUCAACGACAUUGUUGAGAUUAUGAAGCGGGAGCAUGAUUUCGUCGCCAACUCACGGAUGUACAAGCACCGACUGAGUCAAUGGGGCUUGAUCAAAUACAAUCGCGAAUCAGAUGUGCAGCGAGUUCUGUUGGAGAAGAAGAGGAGGGAGGCCGAGGGUAAAGACAGUCACAUUGAGAUCAAUGGUCGUCCAGUCGACUUCGAGCGCAUCCAGAAGUACCUGCAACGUAGGAAGGUUUCGGUUGAUGACUUUAUCGAAGACAAUUUCGAAGCAGGUAGCAGCAUCAUGGAGAACCCUAGGACACCUUCGCAAGAAGGCGACCUGUCCAUCACGAUUCGCACACCAUCACCACUGCCAUACUAUAGGGAACCACCAUUACCGGCGCCAGCAAUGUCCCUAGGAUUGUCUCUUUCUCCGAUCCAACAACCACCGUCCUCUUCGCCGAUUUUCCAGGUUGCUGAGGAAGUGAUGUGGGAUACUCGAGCAUGCGCCUCAGAAAUAGCGGACAGGGACGACUACACCAAGGUCGCCCAGCCGACCCGUCUCGGAAUCGCAUUCGCGGAUUCUAUUAUGAUGAUUCAACUGUUCAUGAGAGAAAAUGACCCUAACCAGGCGGGGGAAUACAUGCAGCAUGCAUGUGAUCAAAUAAAGGACCUCAUUCAGCAAGCACCGUUGGAAGCCCUCCUUUCUCUGUUUGAAGCGGUGCUCUUCUUGGCUGAUGUCGCACCAGAAGUAGUCGCACUGAUCCUCCAGCACGCUGCUGACAUGUCCGCUGUGCUGGUGAUUCCAGAGACACACCCUAUACAUCAUGUCCUCACCAAGCUUGCAGAGAUAUCCAGGGGGAAAGAUACGGACUCCAUGCUUGCUCUCAGACAAACUGCAGCCAGAGCUUUCCAGUGUCAUUUGGUCACAUGGGAUCGUAUUCUUGGUCCCAGCUCGCCAGCGAUGCUGUAUUGGUAUAUCCGCUACUUGCGUGUCUUGAGUCCCGAGGACGUAGCAGAGGAAUAUUUUCACGGCAUUGAACGGCUGCUGCAUGACAUACUGAGCCUCGAGCAGUAUCAAGUUGCACCCACGACGUCCGCAUUACCAGAAGCUGUCCUUGGUAGCAUUGCAGCGGGUAUUCCUUUGGAACGUUGCUCUCUGCUUGUCCGCUGGGAGAUGGCUCAUGCGCGAUCUGCCUCUACCAUUUACCGACUGCUCCAAACCUUGCUUGCCAACCUCGAGCGCCAUGGCAUCUCAACCGCCCCAGGGCCAUCAGUCUCGCAAGCAUUUAUUCAAUUUACUCUUGCCGGGUCUGCGAGAGAUCUGAAAAGGACUUCAGACGCAGCUGUUCAUGGCAGCCGUGCGGUGGAGAUUUUAAGGAGUCUUAGAAUGCAUGACACCGCCGAAAGUGUACAGAUUUGGAUGGAUAAAUGGGAAGACAGUGCACUUAUUGGGACUGAUGCCUAUAGGGCACAGCUUGAGAUGGCUGCUUUUGGUCAAUCGACAUGA